AUGCAUCAAGGAACCCAUGUUGUCGAUCCUGAAAACGCUAACGUAACAUACGGAAAGCUUAUCCAUGCCGGAAUUUUCACUGAGCAACAACAAAUGUAUACAGGGUCCUCUUUAUCUUAUUGUGAAGGGUGCACCGGCGUGUUUGGGGGGUGGUUUGGAACCGAAAAGUCCUUUUCCACUUUUCGCCCCGACGCACCCCUAUCGAGAUAUGGGGGUGAAAAGACCGGCCAAUGGGGCGCGAGCUUUGCGCGGCUGUACGUCCGUGUGCCGCGGACAUUUAGCGCCCAAAUAACAAUGAAGGCCCCCGGUCAGGCCAAAAGGUCGACAGCGACACCUCGGGUCACUAGGCCCCGAGCUGACCCCGGAAGUACCGAAAAUCGUUCAGUUCAUCGUAGUCCAUCAUCAAGCGCGUCUGAUUUUCAUACCAUUCAAUUACCAUCCAGUGGAUUAUUCCUUACAAAUUCCUCCCACAUCCACCCCUAUAGAUUAGAAACUCCCCAAACAUUGGUCCUUCGAGCCGGAUCGUGGAAUAUUCGAGGUUCACACGAGUGUCAGCAAGGAUUCCAACGCAGGACAAUCAACGAGGGAUUAACCAUCGAGAUACUUUGUUUACCUUACGAACAAAGGACAAGGGAGACUCAACAGGAGUCGUGCUCAUGGGCAGAUGCGACGGAGGAAAUCAAAUUGGCAGGACCACAUGAUUCUCUCCAUGUGGAAGCUCCAAUGACAGACAUGCUCAAACCCAUAGGAGCAAUUAAGACUAGAAAAUCGACCAUCGGAGCCUUGGACCAGGAAAUCACCGCAGCUCAACGUAGCAAAUUAAGGAUGAUUAAAGCAAAGGCUCACAUCAUCAGAGAAGUGCACCAGGAACUAUCCCGGGUACACGAGAUGCGGGCUCCAUACACCAUUGAGGAGUUGGAGAGCCAACGUGACAUUAUUGGUUCUGAGUGGGCAGAGCUCAAUAAAAUCAACGACCAGCUGAUAGAUUCUUUGCCGGCAGAGCAUGAGUACCAUGAGGGCAAAGAAUACGAUGAAGCAUCCCACUACAAACGAGGCUGCUUAACAUUAAUGGGCCAGAUUAGAGGCCAGAUUAUCCACGUUCGGGAUGCAGCUAGAUCGCAGGACGCGACGUACGCCCAUCAACUGGGGACGCUCAAAAUUAAGCCCUUUGACGGGAAGAGAGAGGAGUGGAGGGAAUUCAGCGAGUCCUUCCUGACGAUGGUAGGAAACGACGAGAGCAUUCCCCCAGUCAAGAAGCUCAUGUGGCUAAAGACAUUUUUGAAAGGAAUGCCAGCUGAGCUUCUCACUACCUUCAGUACUCAACCAGCAAGCUACGAAAAGGCGUGGCAAAAAUUAGUCAGGAGAUAUGAGGAUCCAAGCACAUCAGCCACUGCAGAAAGCCUCGGAUCCAGAGCCUCAACAGUGGUCGAAACCCUCGACCAGCUGAAGGAUGUUCCAGGAUUAGACACCGAGAACAUCACUGAGCAGUUCUUCGCCCACAUACUAAGGAGAUCCCUAGAUGUGGAUACUCUUAAGCAGUGGGAGGUGAAGCUGGGAACAUCCAAGGACUUCCCUAGUCUGCAAGAAUUUGUGGACUUCCUUGAGGCUUAUGGGAGAGCACUCAACGCAGGGGCUAGCCUUAAGGACCAUCAAGAGAGCGGUCCGGCAACCAAGAAAAUCAAGAGUGGAUACAUGACAACGCAGCAGCCAGAGAGCCAUUCAACAGAGAAGCUACUCCCCAAAACGAACUGUGCAUAUUGCAAGGGCAGGCACUUUAUUGCCCUGUGUCCACUAUUUAAGACGCUCAUCCCAGUGAAGAGGAAUGAGUUCGUUGUGCACAAGGAAUUAUGCUUCAGGUGCUUGGGUCCUCAUCGCAAGCCGAAGUGUAAAUCUACAAAGACGUGCCAUGAGUGCAACAGGGAUCACCACACGCUCAUCCACAACGGCAGUUCAUGGACAACAACGCCAGCGGUCGGAACUGGACUCAAAUCAAAGGACAGAAAUGAUGAGCAUCCAAAGCCAGGCACCUCAACCAGACUCAGUACAUCAUCAGCAUCAUCAGAAAUCAGCACUCCGAGGAUCAAUGAGAGGUCAACAGAAAUCCACGCAGUACAUCAGCCAGAAGACGAUCAGCAAGCGGUAUUACUCGCCACCGCUAGACUCAGAGCGCAUUCACCUAGAGGAUUCAUGGUGAAGGCAAGAGCGCUAAUUGAUCAAGGAUCAGAGUUAUCCUUUAUUACCGAUCAAUUAGCACAUCAACUGCAACUCAAGAGAAGGCCAUCAUCAACAGAAUUAGUAGGAAUUGGCGGAAUAAAUUCAGGCAUCACCAAGGGCGUAGUGACUGUCAUUCUUCAAUCAACUCAGGGGCAGAGGCACAUCACAAUCAGCGCCCACGUAUUGAAAAAACUGACGACUACACUGCCAUCAUUUUCAUGUACAUUAGCAGACAUCGGCUCACUAGAGAAUCUUCAACUAGCCGAUCCUCAAUACCUCAGACCUGGACCGAUCGACAUCAUCAUAGGAGCAGAUUAUUAUGGGCGGAUCAUCGAGAGUCAAAUCAUCAAGUCUAGACGAACAGCAGUAGUUGGCCAACGCACAGCAUUUGGGUGGAUACUAUCAGGACCAGUCAAAUGCACAAGUUGUUUAACGAAGAUUUCUUUAUCUGCAGUACGGGAAUCAUCAAACGAACAACUACUAGAGCUUCUCCAGAAAUUUUGGGUCCAGGAAGAAUUGCCAAUUCAACAUCAACAAUCAGAGCUGUCAAUAGAGGAACUCGAGUGCGAGAAGCACUUUCAAGAAACCCACCGCAGAGACGAAUCCGGACGCUACAUAGUGAGACUUCCAUUGAGGACGUCAUCAGCAGCGCUCGGCGAUUCAAAAAACAAGGCCUCACGUCAAUUAAAGUCAGUCAUCAGCAGGCUCAACAAGGAUCAAGCAUAUGCCCAACUCUACGAGGAAUUCAUCAGGGAGUACGAGGAAUUGGGACAUAUGACAAGAGCGUCAAAACUUCCAGAAUCAUCAACAGCCUACUAUCUACCGCAUCAUGGAGUUUUAAGAGAGAACGCCAUCACAACAAAGCUGAGAGUUGUAUUCAACGGCUCCAGCGCCAGUUCAUCAGGUAUGUCACUUAACGACAUUUUAUAUCCUGGUGUUAAAUUACAGAUCAACCCGAUGAACGUCUUAACCUGGAUGAGAAGACAUAAGCUCGUCUUUGGGACGGACAUCGUCAAGAUGUUUAGACAGAUCAAAGUACAUCAGGACGACUGGGAUCUUCAAAGGAUACUGUGGAUCGAUGACAAUCAACAGGAGAUCACGUUCCAGCUAACCACAGUGACCUACGGUCUUAAUUGUUCGCCCUGGUUAUCACUCAGAGUGCUCCAACAAUUAGCAGACGAUGAAGGACACCGUUUCCCAGUAGCAGUCGAAGCGAUCACGAGAGGUCGUUACGUCGACGACAUAUACGGAGGGUCCGACUCAGAAGAAGGCCUCAAGGAAAUAGCAGUGCAGCUUCAAGGACUAUGCAAAGCAGGCGGUUUCGAUCUACAAAAGUGGAGCAGUAAUUGUCCAGAAGCUCUUCAUCAACUAGGCCUAACAACAGAGAGCAGUCUGAUUCAAUUUGAGGAAUCAGUGACAAAGGUACUUGGGUUGUGUUGGCACCAGUCAACCGACACAUUCAGGUACAAAUCGAGGAGAUUCAACGCAGCUACCAUCACAAAAAGAACAGUGUCAUCGGAGAUAGCUCAGAUCUUCGAUCCAUUGGGAUUCAUCGCCCCAGUGGUAGUACAAGGGAAAGUUCUCCUGCAGGAGCUAUGGAAGCUCAAAGCCAACUGGGAUGAUCCUCUUCCAGAGGAGUAUAAGGAACGUUGGAGGACAUUCCGAGGAGAUCUCACCAACUUAGACAGAGUUACUGUACCCAGGUGGAUACAGUUAACAUCAAAGACUACCAACAUCCAAAUCCACGGAUUCGCAGAUGCAUCAACGGUAGCCAUGAGUGCAGUGGUCUACCUUAGAACGAGAUCAAGCAACGAGAAUCCAUCAACAACUUUAGUAUGUGCAAAAACCAAGGUCGCACCAAUCAAAAGGAUGACCAUACCUCGGCUAGAGCUCACAGCAGCUCUACUCUUAACCCAGCUAGUGGAUUCAAUAUACGAGAUGCUUCAACUAGACCGGAAUCAGAUGGAAACUUAUCUCUGGUCAGACUCAUCAGCCACACUAGCCUGGAUCAGAAGCCCAGCCUCAAGAUGGAAGGAUUUCGUCCAUAACAGGGUCAUCAAAAUACAGGAAACGCUACUAAAGGCCAUAUGGAGACACGUCAGUGGCAAAGAAAACCCAGCUGACUGUGCCUCAAGAGGAAUCUCACCAAACGAGUUAGUAGAUCAUCCACUCUGGUGGUCAGCACCAAGCUGGAUUAAUCAGGAUCCAGACAACUGGCCUCAAUCAACCAUAGACGUAUCAAAAAUGGAUACUCCAGAGGUGGCCAAGGAAGCAAAACCAGUACCAGCACAUCCAGCAAGGAUGAAAAUCAGCAAGGUAGCAGAACUCCUCAACCGAUACAGCAAAAUGGCCAAACUGUUAGCAGUAACAGCGACUAUCAACAGAGCGAUCGACAGAUUCAGCCGGCGCCCAACGCCCCCGGGACCUGUCCUGACAACUAGAGAACUAAAUGAAGCAAGAACAUUCUGGACUUUUGCAGAGAGAUCAUCAGUUACCAAGAAGCCAUUAGCUAGCCAAGCUAACACCAACGCUAGAUGA